AUGGCUGACGCCCCUCCUUCACUCCCGGGCCCUAUGCCCUCAUCUUUCGAUGGCGACUCGGAAUUUCAUAAUGAACGUCCUAUGCAAAAGGUCGUUCGAAAGAUCAAAGAGGAGCCCCUGAUCCCUCUCGGAAUUGGUUUGACUACUCUUGCCUUCGUCAACGCCUACCGAGCCCUCCGUCGCGGCGAUUCAAAGCAGGCAAACCGCAUGUUCCGAGCUCGUGUCGCAGCUCAGGGAUUCACCGUCUUCGCCAUGCUUGCCGGCAGCAUGUAUUACCAGAAGGAUCGAGAGAAGAGCAAGGAACUCCGCCAGCUCCAGGAGCAGAAGGACGCCGAAGAGAAGCGCCAGAAGUGGAUUCGCGAGCUCGAGGCUCGAGACGACGAAGAGAAGGCUAUGCGCGCAAGACUCGAGAAGAGGAGACAACAAGCCCAGGCUCAGCGGGCCGAGGACGCUCAACCAACCGCUGCCCCUACUGAGCUAAAGCCUGAGGGCGCCGAGACAUCCAGCAAUGGAGGAAUUCUGAGCCGAAUUGGUCUGUGGCCCCAGGGCAGCAAUGAGGAGAAGAAGGGCAUCGAGAAGGUUGUCGACGAGGUUGUAGAUGAGGAAAACGCCAAGCAAAAGAAGAAGAACCCCAAGAGCUCACUCGGUGAUCUCGGCGAGAUCAUCUCCAAGAGAAAAGAUUAA